AUGUAUCUUCGCGGCGUCCACGCUGAGCAGAGCAUCCCCGCUCUCCGCAAGCUCAUCCGCGACUUCCCCCUCGGCAUUCUCACCACUGCCAUCGCCUCUGCCACGCACCCUCUCAUUCAAUCCAGCCAUAUCCCGUGGGUUCUCGACGUCGAAGAUGAGUCGAGCGAAACCGAGCUCGGCGUCCUGCGUGGCCACCUGGCACGCGCGAACCCGCAGAGCAAGGCCAUGAUCGAGUCAUUAUCAGCCGAGGGCCGCUCCGGAACUGGGAACGUCCUUGACCAGGAGGUCAUGGUCCUCUUCACCGCGCCAACGCAUCACUAUGUCACACCGAAGUUCUACACCGAGACGAAGCCCACCACGGCCAAGGUCGUGCCGACUUGGAACUACGCUGCCGUCCAGGCCUAUGGCCGCGCCAAGAUCUUCUAUGAGUCCAAGACUGAAGAGACGCAGAAGUUUUUGGGAAAGCAGAUUGAUGAUCUUUCUCGUCAUGGGGAGAUGUCAUUGAUGGGAUACACUGGCAAGGGCGACCGCCCUGGACCGUGGAAAGUUACGGAUGCGCCUGAGAGGUACAUUGAGUUGUCAAAGAUGGCCAUUAUUGGUAUUGAAAUUACUAUCGAGAGGCUUGGUGGCAAGUUCAAGAUGAGUCAGGAAAUGGGCGAAGGUGACCGUGCCGGUGUUAUCAAGGGUUUCCAGUCAUUGGGUACUGACGUUGGCAAUGAGAUCGCUGAGCUUGUCAAGGAGCGUGCUGAACUGAAGGAAAAGGCCAAGAAAUGA